UGCACACUGUCUCUCCCUCCCUCACGCUCAGUGCUGCAGUUCACGGGAAGCAGCCCAACUGUCAGCGACUUUUGCACACGCUCGCUCUCAGUCCUUCGGUGAGGGCACUCAGAGACUGAGUGCGCCAGUAGCGUCCAUCCGUGCAGUGAUGCCGCGCCGGAGAGAGCCCUUCUAAUCAACUUCUUGUUCCCGGUUUCUCUUUCCCUCUCAAUAAUGAGAAAAUACCGUCUCCUCUUGGCCGUAACCCUCACCGCCCUCUUCUCCGCUGACCUCUACUUCAUCCUCCUGCCAAAGCUGCGGAGCGCGGGAGAAGGAUCGGGACGUUUCUGUGCGUGCCGCCGCCGCAACAACUUCAGCCUCACCGGUCAGUUCUCCAGCUGGAUUUCAUUCACGCUCCAGGACGCGGGCCCUUCUGGACUCAGCAAUGGAGGCUCCAAGCUUGACGGCUUGUUCGCCCAUCCUCUGUAUAACAUCCAGAACCCCACGCUGGGGUCAGAGGAGAGGCUGCUGCAGGUGGAGCAGCUAAUGGACUACUACAAGAAAAAGGUGUCACGAUGGGAAAGACACAAGAAGUUAUACAAUGAAGCCGCGGCGGCCUCCAACAUUUCUGUGAGCGAACACCAAGGGGCCUUCGACGCUGACGCCAGCUGGCUCAAGUUCCACUCGGGAAUAAGUCGCCACGCUCUGUACUCCCGCCACGACCCCGCUAUUGCACAGCUGCUCCUGGACAUGCGUGACAUGACGGUGGUCAACGCAGAUUACACUCAAGAUGAGAAGGCUCUGAAAGGAGCGUGUGACUGCAGCCAAGUGGUGAAGCCGAGUGGACACCACCUGAAACUGGCACUGAAGAUGCAGAACUUCGGCAAGGCCAUGUUCAAGCCAAUGAGGCAGCAGAGGGACGAGGAGACUUCCGAAGACAUCUUCUACUUUGUCGAUGUCCAGAGACACAAUGCGGAGAUUGCGGCUUUUCACCUGGACAGGAUCCUGGACUUCCGCCGAGUUCCGCCGGUGGUUGGCAGGUUUCUGAACCUCACAGGCGAAGUGCUCCAAGUGACCCGUAAUGACGACCUACGGGCUGUCUUUUUCACCUCACCUGCAAACAACACUUGUUUUUUCGCCAAGUGCCUGUAUGUGUGUAAGACUGAAUACGCAGUGUGCGGGAGCCCCGACCUACUGGAGGGCUCCCUCUCCGCCUACCUGCCCGGUCUCAGCAUCGCCCCCCGCAUCUCCAUCCCCAACCCCUGGAUACGCUCGUACACCUUCACCGGACAGGAAGAGUGGCAGGUGAAUCCGGCCUACUGCGACACCGUAAAGAAGCUUUAUCCUUACAGUUCGGGCAACCGGCUCCUCAACAUCAUUGACAUGUCCGUCUUUGACUUUCUUAUGGGCAACAUGGAUCGACACCACUAUGAGAUUUUCACCAAAUUUGGUGAUGAAGGAUUUCUUCUUCACUUGGACAAUGCCAGAGGAUUUGGGAAGCACAGCCAAGACGAGAUGUCCAUUCUUGCUCCGCUAUCUCAGUGCUGCAUGAUAAAGCGUUCCACUCUACUAAGGCUCCAGCUGUUGGCCCAACCGCAGUUCAGACUGAGUGACGUCAUGAGGGAGUCCCUGCAAAAAGAUCCCCUGCAGCCCAUCCUGACAGAAGCACACCUCUCCGCCCUGGACCGCAGGCUACUGAAGCUCCUGCGAGCGGUCCAGCGCUGUAUGCGGAAGCUGGGCGACGGCCGGGUCAUCGCCAAUGACUUCAUUAGAGCCACGGUGAACCCUCGGGCCAGCGCAGAGAGCAAAAAGGCCAGGUAGCAGCAGAGGAUGAAAGUCUACUCCGCUUCUUAAGACUUCAUGAUGAAGUGCAGUCGUUUCGAUUUUAAUGGAACAAGCCAGCGAUCAAUGCAAGAUGCUGUGAAUCUCACAAAUGGGGUCCAGCGAGGGAAUCUGGAGAGGUUCCACAGAAAAUGCAUUGACCAGUGCAUUUGUGACAAGCCUAUUGUUGCACAAGGGCACAUAUAAUAAGAGUAAUGUUAUUCAAACAAAAACAGAAAGCACUCAAUGUAUAAAGAACACAAAAAUGGAUCAUACUUUGACAAAGGAAGCAAAGGACUGCUGAUAUACUCAUUAAAUUAUCUUGUGUUGUUAUUCAAGGAUGACAGAGUGAUGCACUAGAAUGGAUGCGCAUUUUUGCUUGUGAAUAUGUUGGAAUAAAUAUCAAAGGUUGGUUUGUCCAAUAAACAUUAAAUAAAGUUG